AUGGGGGAGCGGCGGGCGGCGUCCCGGAGGCGGAGCCGGAAGUUUCUCUGCGGUCCGUGGAGCUGCGGCGGCUGUUCGGCGGCGUCGGGGGCCUGCCGGUGCUACAGCAGCAGCGGGGGCUGCUGCGGCGGCGGAGGAGGCGGCGGCGGCGGCUUCUGGCCGCGGCCGCCGACGCCCCGGCUCCCGUGUCUCCAUGGUAGCGUGGGCAGCUACCGCCGCCUCAUCCACGGCUUCGAGGACGUGCUGAGGCGGAGGCUCCGGGGUCAUCUCCGAACCUCACGAUUGUCCCCAUCGAUUAAGAGCGGAAUAAUCAUCACAACUCAGAAACCCUCCACGCAAGAGUGCGACACGCUAUCUCAGAGGCACAAGCAGAAAAUGAAAGGGGAUACCGUGAAUGUGCGCCGCAGUGUCCGAGUAAAAACUAAAGUCCCCUGGAUGCCCCCAGGCAAAACAUCUUGCAGAGAAUCAUCGUACAAGUGGGAGGGACCGACCCAUCGCCUGGAAAUCACCCCUCCAGAUUCCGACAAGCUGCUGUCUGUGCUUCGCUUGAGCGACCUCUCCACCGACGAGGAGGACGCCAUUCACUGCAAGAUGAACAAAUACGAGAAGAAGAUCGACAGCUUACUCAAUGUCGUGGGAACAUUGAAAAACGAGGUCAAGUGUCAGCCAAAGAUUGUUGGGACGGGCUGUGUGGCCAAGCGUCUUCUGGAAGAGCAGAAGGACGAGUUGGACGAGGUCACCCAAGAGCUGGUGGAGACGGAACACGAGAACACCGUCCUCCGUCGCAAUAUUGAAAGGAUGAAGGAGGAGAAAGAUCUCAGCAUACUCCAGAAACGGCAUCUGUUGCACGAGAAGGAGUGUUUGAUGUCCAAACUGGUGGAGGCCGAGCUGGACGGGGCAGCCGCCUCGAAACAGAUCCAGGCCUUGAAGGACGUGAUUGGGAAGCUGAAAACGGAGAAAAAUAUGACCGUUUCGGACAUCAGCACCCUGACUAGGCAGAAGGAGUUGUUGCUGCAGAAGCUGAGCACUUUCGAAGACACCAACCGGACUCUUCGCGAUUUGCUCAGAGAGCAACACAGCCGGGAGAAAGAUUCACAAAAGUUGACAGAACAGCAAGCUACCCUGAUGAAGCGGCUAACUGACUCCGAUACAGAGAAGGCGCAAUUGGUCAAGAAACUACAGGAUAAAGAGAAGGAAGUGGAUGAUUUAUUGAUUCAGAUACAGACCGAAAAGGACCAAGCCAAGACGGCCGCCGAACUGUCGAAGUCAAUGGAAGCUGUGCGGGGUCACUUACAAGCACAACUGCGGAAUAAGGAAGCCGAGAAUCACCGCCUGGGUAUCCAGAUCCGGAAUCUGGAGCGGGUAGCAGCUCAGCACAAGGCCGAAGUGGAGAACAUCAUGGAACAGUUGAAGGAGCUGAAGGCCAAAGGAGAUCGGGACAAGGACGCCCUGAAGAAAGCCAUCAAGGCGCAGAAGGAACGCGCAGAACGGGCUGAGGAGUUUGCCGAUCAACUGAACGUCCAGUUAGCUGAAAAGGACGCCUACGUGGCCGAAGCGCUGUCCACCCUAGAAUCCUGGCGGAAUCGUUACAACCAAGUUGUGAAAGACAAAAGUGACCUGGAGGUGGAGAUUGUGAUGCUGAACAGCCGAAUUUCUGAACUGCUGGAACAGCAGAACGCCAUGGAAGACAAAAUGCGCGAAGACCGAGAUGCCUUGGUGGAUAAACUCCACAAGCAGGUCACCGAGAGCACCGCUGUCAAAUUGGAGAACGAGAGGCUGAAGACCAGCAUGAUUCCAGUGGAGGAGCGGCUGAACCAGGCUCAACAGGAAGUGUCGAAAUUGAAGGCUUCCCUCAAGAACUACGAAGGCCUGAUUGAAACCUACAAGAAUCAGGUGGUGAAAACCCGAAUGGAAGCCGAUGAGGUGACAGUGAAAUUGGAGCUCUGUGACAAGGAGAACAAAGCCCUGAAGGAAGAAAUGGCGAAGGAGAUUGAAAAUGCUCGCAAGCAGUUCCAGAGCCAAGUUGCCGAGCUGGAGAAACUUCCUGAGAUCUUAAAGAUCACCGAGACCAAGCUGGCUGAGUGUCAGGAGCAGCUUAAGAGUUAUGAGAAGAAAAAUAUGGAUCUGUCUGCCAUGAUUACAGACCUCCGUCAGCGGAUUGAGCUUCAGGGGGACAAGAUGGAAUUGACGAGGGAAAAAUAUCAGUCAGCCCAGGAAGAGAAUAAGCAGCUGACUCUCAAGUUGGAGGAGAUGGAGAGGAAACUUGAAGCGACAAGUGGGCAGAACGUAGAAUUUCUCCAGAUCAUUGCCAAAAGGGAAGAGUCCAUCCACCAGGCUCAGCUCCGGUUGGAGGAGAAGACCAGGGAGUGUGGGUCCUUGGCACGCCAGCUGGAGAUGGCCAUUGAUGACGCCAAGAAGCAGUUGGAGCAAACAAGGGAUCGUGCGGCAGUAAGAGAGAGGACCGCCCAGUCAAAGAUGCUGGACUUGGAAACUCAGCUGAGCAAGACAAAGACAGAGCUGAAUCAGCUACGACGCGGUAAAGAUGAUGCCGAGCGCCGGUUUCAAAGCCGCCUGCAGGACCUGAAAGAUCGGCUAGAACAGUCGGAAAGCACCAACCGCAGCAUGCAGAACUACGUGCAGUUCCUCAAGUCUUCGUACGCCAACGUCUUCGGAGACAGCAUCUUGUCCAGUUCCCCCAUUCGUCCCCGGUCUCCUCUGUAGCCAUUCCUUGGUGCUCUCCGCCCCGGGCUCAAGACGGAGGGAGGAGGCACCUAACCAGCUACCAAGCCAUAAUCUGAUUCUGGAACUAUGUCUCUCAGAAUCUACUUCCUACUGUUGGAAAAAGGGAGGUGCCUUGCAGAGGAGGGGGCAAGCCUGUUCCCCCCCCCCAAGCGUUGCCAAGACUUCUAGUGCCUUAACCCAGCUUACGUCAUUUUGCAGUAACCCUGCAUGGUUUUUAAUCAACUUUUUUAAAAAAAAAUCUUUUCCAAAGUUUUGUAUUAAUGUUUGGGAAUUGCUUUAUUCGACGAUCCCUGCGGUUUCAAAGAUCAUGUGCGAAACCAAGUGGGAUUGUUUAUUUGUCAAGUUGUUAGCAAUUGUGUGUGGUUUUCUUCCUGGAACCAGGUGUGUGUAGGUCUGCGUGUUGUGUGAUAAAAUAAUUUUUUUUAACCCAAUGCUAUUUCAUACGAGUGAUACUAUCACUGCGCAUGUGGAACCACAGUUACGAGAGAAUAUAUAUGUGUGUGUAUGUAAGAUAUCCUGUUUUUAUGGCACAAUUCUUAACUUUUAUUUUGAUUUAUUUUGUAGGAAUGGCUAGGUUCUGCAUUUAGUACAUUUUCUUUCAUCUAAAGCAAUGAUUAUUCUCUUGGUUAAAUAUCACUCUGAUCAGUUUUUCUCCAAUUGAGUGGGCGGGUGAAAUUGCAAAUGUUCAGGAUAAUAUCUUAAAUUUUACUCUAUUAACCAGGAAAUUUCAAUUCUGGAGCAGGUUUCACUUUUUCCUUGAUUACAUUAGAGAAACUCACUUGCUUUGCAGAAUGUAAAACAUGGUGUUUCCACCAUGUUUUAUGCUUUGAUCACAUUUUGUUCUUUGUUGUGUGUGGGGGGAGGGUGCAAGGAAUCAACCAACGGAGGCAACGCUGAUUUUUAAUAUUUAUGUGUGAGACCAUAACAUUGCCUUGAAAAGUUUUAAAAGAUUCAUAUUAAACGUGUGACUUUUUUUAAAAUGUGAAAAGAUACUAUGACAAAG